UAACAAUAAUAGUAAUCCUUUUCGUUUAUAGUGUUCCAGCUACUGUGGAGUCGGAACUCAGCACCGUAUUGUUGUAUGCAACUCCAGGAAAUUCUGCGAAGUUUCCGAGCGACCAGAAAGUGUACGCGAAUGUAGCAACCAUUGUGAGGUUGUAUCACAUGUUAGUGAAUCAAACGAUUAUGAAAAUUUAGAAAUAGAAGAUGGAGGGCAAAGUGAUCAAUACUUUAUAAACCAGCAGUCAGAUAAAAUACCUGUAACAUUUGGGGAAUGGGAACGUCUAAACAAGCAGUCUACUGAUCAACAACAAAAGUUUUUGCAAAAAUUAGUGACACGUAACAAAAAUCACCCAGAGCGACAAACUGAUGAAGACAUUGUAUUGGCAAUUGAUAACGCAGCAUUAAUGGCCCCCGUUGAUUCAGAUGAAGCUAUGCAACGACAUUUGCUACCAAGUAGGAAAGAAGAAGUUGAAAAAUUGUUUAAGACUGUUGAAGAAGAUACAGUUGUACCAUAUCGGAACCCUGACAAAAUCGUAUGGCGCGUAGGGGAAUGGCAAGAGUGUUCCGUUUCAUGUGGUGAAGGCAUAUCUGAACGAACAGUAGAUUGCAUCAACUUGGCAACAAAUGAAACAGAUAAUAGUUGUUUCAAAAAAGACAAACCAGAUACUAUUAACUCGUGUUCAAGUCAUCCCUGUCCAAUUGUAUCCGGUUCAGUAGGGCCUCAGGAAAGAUGUACAGGAGACAAAAUGCCAUACACGCGAUGUCAGUUGCUUAAAUCAAGAGGGAACUGUCAGUACCUGAAAUACAAAAUGGAAUGCUGUUCAACGUGUGGAUGAAGAUGAGUGGACCUUUUAAACUGCGUAGCAACCACAGCGAAAAACAUGCACACAUUGUAACCAUAAUAACCUUGUUUUUUGUUUUUUUUUUUUAAUGAAAGCUACGCUUUAUGCUGGAUUUGUAUAACUCCACAAAGCUUUAAAAUAUUAUUUGAAUCAUUUCAAGAAAUUUAAUCACCGCCAAUUAUUUAUUAUUACAUAUUCAAGUGUGAUCAUCGUAUUGUGAGCGCUAUUAAUUAUUUAAAUUUAAGGAAUAAUUUUUUGGGUUGAUUAACAUCUAGUUUCCAUAUAUACACACAC